AUGUCUGCCCCUCCAGAAUUCGGCCAUGCGUUGCUGCCCCACUUCGCGUUGGACCAGGAAUUUGUGAACCUAAACCAUGGUUCCUUUGGAGCAUUGCCAAAGCCUGUUCUGGAGGAAUGCAACAAAAUGACCUUGGAGAUCGAAGCGAAUCCAGACUAUUUUCUCCGCAUGGAGUUCGAGCCACGCUUGAACCAAUUGCGGGAGCGAAUUGCGAAACUCCUCGGCGCAGACAGGGAUGAAGUCGUCUUUGUGCCCAGCGUGGCCAAUGGCAUGAACACCGUGCUCAGAAACUUUGAAUGGAAUGAGGGCGACAUCCUAGUCCCCACGAGUACCACAUUUGACUCCAUCACCCGCGCUGUCAAGUAUAUCUCGGGGCAGCGCCCAUACCCCUCAGUUUCCACAUUCACAUUGACGUUCCCUGAGACGCACGCCCAAAUCCUCAUCAAUUUCCGCGAGCACCUCCGCUCGUUGAAACGCGGACCGAACAGCAAGGUCGUGGCUGUCCUGGACAGCAUCGUUUCUGGCCCCGGCGUAUACGUCCCCUGGCGGGAGAUGGUGCAGGUUUGCAGGGAGGAGGGCGUCUACAGUGUUAUCGAUGCCGCACAUUCUGCCGGCCAAGAGGUCGACAUUGAGUUGCACAAGGCCGACCCCGACUUCUUCGUCGCUAGUCUGCACAAAUGGCUCUACGCGAAACGUGCAUGUGCGAUCCUAUAUGUGCCGAAGAGGAAUCAGCACAUCAUCAAGACAUCCCUCCCGACUGCGUGCAACUACAACGCGCUCACGCCAAACGCGAGCGCGUCCGCUUUUGUGGCGGAAUUUUUAUGGUUUGGCGCGAUUGACGUCGUCCCGGCACUCAGCAAUGGUCCAGCCCUGGAUUUCAGAGAAUGGCUCGGCGGAGAAAAGAAGAUCAACGACUACUGCCGGUCGCUUGCACUUGCUGGAGGCAAGCGCCUUGCCGAGGUCAUGGGGACUACGAUAUUGGACUCGCCUAACCAUGGCGAACUGAUUCUGAACAUGGUCAGCGUGGAGAUCCCCUUCCCCAUUGAGAUCAAGCCCUCCCCGCAGCUGUACGGGAUGUUCCUGACGAAACUGAUGAAGGAGCACAAGGUGUACGCGACGACGUUCCCGCACAAUGGCAAGUGGUGGACGCGGGCGAGCGCCCAGGUCUAUAAUGAUAUCUCUGACUUCGAGAGGUUGGGAAAGGCCCUGCUAGUCGUAUGUAAGGAGAUCGUCGAUACUUUAAAGGCUGAGGGCCUUUAUCAAUGA